AUGAAAAUUGGUGCACUACUCAACGAGAAAUUUAAUGAAUUCAAGACUUUGCUAUUUGGAAAAAUUUGCAAUUUAACAUAUAAGAUUGACAAAUUAGAAGAAAGAAUCCUAAAAAUGGACAAAAACAAUAAUGUAUCAACGCAGGGCUAUGCAGUGGCGGUACAGCACCCAUCAAACCUAGAUAACAGGAAGACUAAGCCGAAAGUAAAAUCUGGCCCACAGGAGAAAAAUAAGGGAGCUUCGGGCAAACCUAAUCCACCUGCAAAACUACACACACCCAUCUCUUCUUUAUCGCCAGUUUCAACUUUAAUCUCUGAUUCCAACACUUCAAUUUUGAGUGUAAGCCAUGAGACAACUGUUGCUCCCCGGGAUGGCGUGGAGCAAAAAGAUUCGGAAGAGUGGAUACAGAGUCCCGAUAGUAAAACUGAGCAAGUUCAUAACGUACGACCACGCCGAAACCGAAAGCUUCCAGACAGAUUUGUAGAGAAUCAAAUUUUGACCAAUCUUCAUGGAAAUGAGGAUGAAAAACCUGAUUCCAUAACUGAAAAUAACGCUAAUGAUGAACGAAAUCGUAAUUCACAAAACAAAAAGGCUGUUGUGAUAUUAACACCAUUAAAACCACACAAUAAAAUAAUAGAAACCAGCUUAGCAGAUUGUCGCCCCAAGAGAAUCUGUCGUCUUCCAUCUAAAUUUGAGGAUUAUUCAGUGAGUCCCAAUAAACAUAUCCCAGUGCAUCCAAUACAAGCUAGUACUCCAAUAGUUCAAAAUGAAAGUUCUAAAAUAUCUAGCAAGAUUAAAAUUACAAAAGAUAAUGUUGAGGUAAGUAGAAAACAAAAACUUCAGAGUAGAAUUAAGAAUAGAUUGAAUAUUAAAGAAGAUAAUUUAGAAGAAAAGACAAGCCUAAAUAGUAAUGUAUCCAUAGAAAAGUCAAAAACAAAUCAGGUUCCGUCAACUAAACCAUUGCCUAUUAAGAAGGCUACACAAAAAACACUGAAAGGCACUAAAAAAGAUAUGGUUUCAAGUAAAAAGCAAUCUGAUACUAACAACAAUGCAAAUGACUUAACUAAGGAUAAAGGUUUGUGUAUUGCAUCAUUGCCUUGUAUGAAUGUAAAUAAAAAUAACGGCUAUCGAUUCUUGGAAAAAAACUAUUCCUUCAAAGUUUUUGAUGACAGAAAGGCAAUGAAAAGAGAUGCAAGUACCCUUGAUGUUUAUGAAUUUACUUAUGAUCCUACAGAAGAACCUGCACCACAAAAAAAGAAACGUAAAAGGGUUGUUCAGAAAAGAAAGGAAAAGCCUAAAACAAUUCUCACAAAUAAUUAUGAUAGAAAUGUGGCCAAGUCUUUAGCAGCCUUAAAAAAUAUUCUAUUAACAAAAUCAUCACAAACUAAACAACACACUGAAAAGACGGUCACAGAAACAAAAACAAUUCAAAAGAAUAUUACAUCUAAUCAGAACUUAAAUCAGAACAAGGAAACGAAAACAGCUACAAAACAAGUAAAUAAUGCAGUCCAGGAAGCUCUACAGAAACAUUACAAUUCCUUCCAAGUAGAAGAUAUUGUUUUAGAAAGUGAACCUGUAGCCAAUGGUCAUAGUGACAUUAAUUAUUCUCCAGUUAAUUCUCCUAAUCAUGUCAGUAUAUCAAAUGAGCCUAAACAAGGCAAUAACAAUGCUGUGGAAGUAAACACUACAAAUAAAGAUCCGCUUAACCUGCAAGAUGACCAUAGUUUCUUUGAUGAAUGUCCAGCAGCUAGUAGUAGCAUGAAUGUGUCCACGAGAAACCCCUUGGCCACACCAUGGAGAGUUGAAUUUGAAAGAUUGCCUAUAAAGUGGCAAGUGAACACAUAUGUCAAACCUAAUAUGACUCCGGCAAUUGAAAGUUCCUUCAUUAAUUUCAAUGACAAUAAAAGGAAGCAUGUCUAUACAAACAUGGUGCCAGAAGAGAAUUGCACAUUACCAGAAAUAAUAGAAAGUAAUAAUGCCACAAACUUGAAACAGACAAAUAUCAUUUCAUUUUUCAAAGAAGUAGUGGACAAAAAUACCAGUAAAAAAUUCAAAAACAAAGCUACUCCAAUAAAAACUAAUUCUAUUUUUGAGGAUAUAACAAACACUUCUGAAACAGCAGUUACUCCAGUUAAACAAAUUGCUUCAAAUAAAAAAAGUAAAAGUGUUACACCAAUAAAGAAAAAGUCUUCAGACAAUGUCACAAGUAGUACAGAUAACACAUCUGUUAGUGAUAAAGAGAAUUCAAUUGAAACAAUUCAAAAUGAUAAACAAAAACCACAAAGUAGCAUAAAAGAUAAUGAUGUAACAUUCUUUGGGUUUGAUGAAAGUGAUGAACAAAACCAAGAAAAUGUAUCACCAAAUAAAGAAAAGUGUCCCAUAAGAGCUUUGAGACCACGCUCUAGAGCUGUAUUACGAGAGCUAAAUGUACAGACAGUGCCUAAAAGAGCUGUAUAUAAACAAACAGAGAAAAAUAAAAAUAAUGAUAAUGCUCGAAAUAACAAGAUUUUUGAUGAAAUGAAAGCAAGUAACCCUCCAAUCAGUCAAGAAAACGCAGAAAAUAUUUGUGAUAAUUCAAAAGACAUUAAUGAUCCAAUAAUAGCUCAUAGUGCCAACUUGAGUGGAGAAGACUCACAAUCUGUGCAUUUGUUUGAAGACCUUGAAUUGCUAGAUGUAAUACAUCAUGUAAAGCCAUCAAGAAAAAGCUAUGCUAGAAAUAAGAAGGUCACGUUCCGACAAAAUUCAGUGUCAAGUGACACACAAGAGAGUGAUCUUGUUGAGCAAAAUAAGUCCAGCGAAGAAGAAGACAAUUUACUUGACCUAACUUUCCAAGAGCCUGCAAUGGAACCGAAGAAACCUAAAAGAAAGAAGAAACCCAACAAACAGUUUUCAAAGAAAGAGGCAAAAGAAGCUGAGGCAUGGGCUGCAGGUUUUAACUCUAUGUGUGAAGAGGUGGAUGAGUUUGAUUUAGUCAUUGAAUGA